UUAUAACUCUCGACGUGUAGGGUGCUUCGCGCGGAAAUUUUCGCGUUAAUUUGUUGUGUCAGCGCGAAGCGUAACAGUGUUUAGAGCUUCUAUACAAGUGUGUGUAUAUGUAUAAGUGUCACUGCCUGUGCAAAACAACAUAGUGUUAAAUAAAUUGAAUUAACGACAAACAAUUGAAAAGCUAGCAUAAGCAAAAUAUAUUAAUUUAAUAAUACAUAUUUUAUACAUCAGGCACAAUAUACGCGCAAUCAAAAACACCCAAUGCCAAAAAAGAGCUAGCAACAACAACCGAAGACAAAACCCACACACACAUACACACCGAAACACAAAUAUCAAUGCCGUUAUAAAUGUUUUUUUGUUCCACAUGCAAAUAAAGGUAUCAGCUUUUGUUUACACUUAAGCGCGCCGGGAGUGCGUACACUGUGUGUGUGUGUGAGAGUGUGUGCGUACGUAUGCACAAGUGCUUGCAGUUAUUGCUGAUGUUAUUAUUGUUGUUGUUGUAGCCGAGUGUUUGUGAACUGCUGCGCUGCAUCCUGUUUCUUUUUUCAUUUCGAAAUUCAUAUCCAAUUGGCAGCAGACACAGCGCCAAGUGAUGCCAGCAGCAUUUAGGACCAUCUCCUGAACGGCUUUACCACCCCACCACCCGAGCCGCUGACACAGGAAGUGGAAGUGAUGUCAUCGCAUUUGCCUGCCGCUGCAGUCGACAAGAAGAAACUUUACUAUAAACGCCGACAUUCUGCAAAUAAAGGAGCAGCAACGACAUAGCCGCAUAACAGAAUUAUUCCAAGUGCUCUGGAUUCUAAAGACAACGUGUGGAAAAUGCCUCGGUCGCUUUCCCAUUUACAUUCACAGUUGCAACGGCCGCUGCGGCUGCUGCUGCCGUUGCUGUUGCUCAACAUAUGCUUGCAACACGUCGCUGUCGUCACAGCUGACAGCUUGGAGUCAAAAGCACACAUUGGUGACUAUUUUCCUGCCCUUAAUGAGUUUUCAACUCACACUGUGAUACGCCCCCAAGUGCAUCAUGGACGCACUAAGCGCGCCCUGCAGAGCACUCUGGAUGCAUCGGACGGACUGCACGCGCCGCAGUUAACGCUGAAGUACACGCAUCAAGGACAACGCAUCCAAAUCGAACUGCAGCGCAACGAUCGCCUACUGCCCGACGCCCACUUCCUGCGGUACCAGAACGCCAGCAAUCGGGAGGACGGCGCCGCCGGCUACGUGGUGCGCAAUUUUACCAAGACUGACGUUGAUUUAUGUCAUUAUCAGGGACACAUACGUGGCCAGCCGGACUCGAGCGUGGCCCUCUCCACCUGCCACGGCGGCCUCAACGGCGUAGUCUUCGAUGGCCAGCACACGUACUUCAUACACCCACAUGGCAAGGCCAGCGGACGGCUGCAGGAUGACCACUAUCUGCUCAGGCACGCCGAUAUGCUGCAGCAGAAUGCCACCUGUGGCUACGACAGCCACAAAGACAGUUAUGAAAAUUGGCCCGGCGAGAAUCUGGAGGAGGAUGAGGUGGAACAGCCCACAGUGCCGCAACGCUUGGAUGGCGGGGAAUUCCAGCGCAUGCUGAGACGCAAGAGACGCCAAACGGACGAGAGUCAACUGAUACGUGGACCGUACAAUGCCAACAAGUACUCCAGCUAUGUGGAGCUGGUCAUUGUGGUGGACAACAAGGUGUACAAGCAUUUCGGGGAGAACGCCAAGCGAGUCCAUCAGCAUUGCAAGGAUCUGGCCAACAUUGUGAAUGCCCUCUAUGUGCCGCUGAACAUCUUUGUAGCGCUCGUGGGCGUCGUCAUUUGGAACGAGUCGAAUGAGAUUGAGUUCUCCAGCGAUGGCGAUGUGACGCUACACAACUUCCUCAACUAUCGCAGGUCGAAGCUGGUGGUGGAUCAUCCCAAUGACAACGCCCAGCUGCUGACCAAGGAGACGUUCAACGGCAGCGUCGUGGGCAAGGCCCUCAAAGGACCCAUCUGCACCUAUGAGUUCUCCGGCGGUGUGAGCGUGCAGCAUAGCCAGGUGUUGGCUGUGGUGGCCACGACCAUGGCCCACGAGAUGGGUCACAAUUUUGGCAUGGAGCACGAUUCGAAUGACUGCCACUGCCCCGACGAGAAGUGCGUGAUGGCCUCGUCCAGUUCGGCCGUGGUGCCGGUGCACUGGAGCAGCUGCAGCAUCGAUCAGCUGACCAUCGCCUUCUCGCGCGGCAUGAACUACUGCCUGCGCAACAAGCCCACGCGCCUGUUCGAUUCGCCGCAGUGCGGCAAUGGCUUCGUGGAGCCCGGCGAGCAGUGCGAUUGCGGGCUGCCCGCCCACUGCGAGAACAGCUGCUGCAAUCCGGUCACCUGCAUGCUGCACACGAAUGCAUCGUGCGCCACUGGCGAGUGCUGCGACUUAAACACCUGCCGACCCAAGAUGGCGGGCAGCACUUGCCGUCCGGCGGAGAACGAAUGCGACUUGCCCGAGUUCUGCACCGGCGAGUCGGAGUACUGUCCGACGGAUGUGUUCCGCCGUGACACCGAGCCCUGUGACGGCAAUCAGGCGUACUGUUUCCUGGGCACAUGCCGCUCCCACACCAACCAGUGCCGCAUCCUGUGGGGGCCCACGGGCGACAACUCGGUGCACUGCUACGAGAAGAACCUGGAGGGCACCCGCCUGGGCAACUGUGGCUACAAUCUGCUCAACCAGACGUUCGUCAAGUGCGCACCACAGCACAUACACUGUGGCAUGCUGCACUGCAACCACCUGAACGAGCGCCUCGAGUUUGGCAUGGAGUCGGCAGCGGUGCUGUCGCACUCCUUCAUCAGUCACGAUCGCAAAAUCGUUGCCUGCCGCACGGCCCUUGUGGAUCUCGGGCUGCAGACCACCGAUCCCGGCCUGACGCCGAACGGCGCCAAGUGUGGCGACCAGAGCAUGUGCGUCAAUCAGCAGUGCCUGCCCCUGGACCGUGUGCGCCAGAUGGGCAUGGGCGCGCGCUGCCCGGAGGACUGCAACGACAACGGCAUCUGCAACAGCCGCGGCCACUGCCACUGCGACGUGGGAUUCGGCGGCGAGGCGUGCAACAAGGUCGGGCACGGAGGCUCCGUGGACAGCGGCCCAGCCACAGACCCGAGCAGUGCUCUCAGCCUACAGCGCUUGCUGUACAUCCUGUUCUUCGCGGUGCUGCCGAUAUUGGUCUCCUUCUAUUUGUUCUACCGUUUUGCGAUCCGGAACAAGCUCUUCGCCAGUGGAAAACUAACCGAGAAUAUCUUGAAGAGCGCCAGCGGGCACAAGCAGCCGUCGACGCGCUCCAAUCAAAAUGGAGCUGGGCCGCCCGCGGGCGGGCCCAAUGGAUUACCGAAAUCGACGCCCAGCAGCACGGAUGACAUGAACUCGGCGCUGCUGAAGUCGCCCAGCGAUUCGAGCGAUGCAGCCGCAGCUGGGAAUGCGACGAGCAUGUUUGGCAAGUUCAAGGGAUUCACAUUGCGCCCGCUGAACAGUGCCAGCUCGCCGGCGAGCAACUACAGCGGACCGAAUGUGGCCUUUGUGCAGCCGACGGUGCAGCAGGACAACAAUGGGGUACCACAGCGUGCGGCACCGCCUCCACCCGUUGUUAAGCCUCUGGCAGAGCAGAGCGCAACAAAGGCGGCCAGCACAUUGCCCAGAGCAGCGCCUGCGCUGCCACCGCCGAAUCCCGGCUCGACAGCACGCCCUAUCAUAUCGAAGCCCAAGCUGGACUCCAGCACGCUGACCAUGGUACCGCUGAAGGGCGGCGAUGAGGAUCUGUCGCCCACGCGGUCGGCGCCCGCUCCACCCGUGCCGCUGCACACGGAUCCCAAGCUGAACAUCAAGCGAGACGGCACCAUCCGUCGCUUUGCCUCGUUCCUAAAGAAGGAGGAGAAGCCUCCGCUCAAAGAGAAGACCUACAUUGAUCGCGAGCGGCUGCGCACAUUGGAGAUAUCGGCACCGAUGCCGGCGGCAGUGCCGUUGCCGCUGCAGACAGAGUCCUCCAACUCGGACUCGGAGACAACACCACGCGAGGAGGAGACCAAGAACCUAGUGAAGCGCACCCAGUCAAUGCGUUCGCCCACCAAGAAGACGCAGGUGCAAACGUUUGGUUCGAUGCGUUCGCCUCCCGGCGCAGCCCGGCCUAAGAGUUCAGUGAACACUGCCAACUCCACCGGCACACGGCCCAAGUCCCCGCCACCACGACCCCCGCCGGUGACCAAGAAAACCAAUUCAACCACCUCGUCGGGCUAUCAGCUGCCGGUGGCUACCGCCCAGACGACGACGGAGAAUACCUACGAUGACUGCGAGUUCGUGGAGUCGCCAAUGCGCGCCUCCAGCGAUGCAAUCUACUCAGUGAUUGACGAGAUUCCGCCGGCAGCGCAAACACUGAAGCGCAGCGAUCUGGUGGCCAGCUUGGCCAGCGCAGGAGGAGGCGACGAUAUGGGUUUGCUGGGUGAGAUUGUCAAUGAGUUUGAGAAACUCAAUGGCGGCGACUCCAUCUACUCAGGAAAGGUAUCAGCAGCAGCAGCAGCUGCUACGGCUACCACAGCACUAGAUCCGCCAGUGGACGAGCCGGAAGCGCCACGAAGUCCACAGCGUCCGGCACCGCCGCGGCCGGCGGGCAGCAACAGAAACAGCAGCUCGACCAGCGCUGACGAGAAGCCGGCCGUGACACCCACAUAUCUGCGUGCACCUCCCAUCAAUGCGCCCGUGGCGCGUGUGGCGCCUACACGCUCCGACAUCUCACCAUCGCGCGCAUUUUCCAGCUUCAGGCCGGCGCCAGCAAAUGCAGCCAGCAGCAGCAGCAAAACGAAUAGUAACAGCGGCGGCGGCAGCAGCAACGCCGGCAGCAGAGCAGCAGCUGCGCAGCCGGCACGCAUCAGCGGAGGAGCGCGUCCCAAGUCCUUUACCAAGUCAGCUAAACCACUGCCCAAUGGCGUGGCAGCCGCGCCCUCGGCCACCAUACAGAAGCCUAAGCCGCUCUCGGCGAAGCCUUCGUUCAGCGGCGAACUGCCGAAGCGUCUGGCUGGCGCAACGUCUGCGACGACAGCGGCCGCACCAACACCACCCACAGUGAAGGCGUCGACGAAUAUAGCGUCGCUGACUCAGCGAUUCGAGCAGCGAAAGUAGUUAGGGGCGAAUUCAAACCUAUGACUUUAUAUGAUGUAAGCUAGGCUAGGCACGAUCAAAUAUCAUUUUUGGCACUGAUUAUCGAAACAGUUGUUGAUAUUCAUUCCUUGUAGCUAUCCCUCUAGCUAGGUCUAAGACGUUGCUUAAUUUACGUGCUUUUUAGUAUCUCAAURAUGUUAUUUUAAGCCUAAUUUACGAUAUCGUAUUGAUAUGUAGUUAUAUUAUUAUAA